AUGGCCCCAGUUAAACUUUAUGUGUAUGAUCUCAGCAAUGGAUUGGCCCGACAGCUAUCUCGACAACUUACGGGAAGACAAAUAGACGGCAUCUGGCAUACCUCAGUGGUGGUGUUCGGGAAGGAGAUAUUUUAUGGCCAGGGAAUAAGCAUAACGCCACCUGGUCGCUCCCAUCACGGCCAACCUCUCCAGGUUUUCGACAUGGGGGAGACGUCGUUGGACGAAGAUACCUUCAACGAAUAUUUACAAGAAAUGAGGGACCAUUAUACUGCUGACAAGGUAUCGACUUCCUUUAUUGACCGCAAAAUCCGGUCUAAUGCACGAACAGAAUUUAAUUGCAACUCGUUUACUGAUGACUGCGUCGGGUUCUUGACUGGACAGAAUAUACCUGCCUUCAUCAAAGACCUGCCUUCCGAUUUCCUCUCGACGCCUUUUGGAGCGGCAUUGCGACCGACUAUAGACUCUAUGUUUAGACGACCAAGUCCCGGAACACCCUCUGCCUCGAUGCCAUCCCCUUCUGCGGCUGCCAAUGCCUCCCCUGAUCCCCAACUCGCAGCGUCGAUCUUGCAAGCUGUGGCAUCCCAAGCUCAAGCAGCUCCGCCACAAGCCAACGGUUACGUACAAGCAACGAACUCACUCACCGGCCCUCUACAUAUGAUCACGAAUCCCACGUCAUUCCGUGCUUUCUUGAAGAGUCACAGAGCUGCCGUCGCCUUCUUUACGAGUGAAACAUGUCCUCCGUGCCGCAUGAUCGAGCCAAUUUUUGAGCGACUGUCAGAAGAGAAAGGGCUUCAUGACGGAAGAACUGGUGCUGGUUUCGCGAAAAUCGAUAUCGACGUCGGAAUGGGUAGAAAUCUUGCAGAAGAAUGGCGAAUUCGUGCGACUCCAACAUUCAUGUUUUUCCUGGAUGGGAAGAAGGUUGACGAAAUGAAAGGCGCUGACGCAAACGAACUGAGAACCCAGGUAGAUUUGCUGCUUUUCCAAGCAUAUCCACCACAUCCACACACCGCGAUCUCGCUUCCUGCAGUCCAAGCACUUUCCCUGAACGCCAUCAUCUUUGCCCAAGCCCCCGUGUUCGAUACUGUGCUUGCUAAGCAGCAAUCCUUCAUCGACGAUCAGACCUCCUGGCCAAGUUCCAUCCAGACGAAAGAUCAAGUCAAAGACACCCUCUCUGGCGUCGUGCUACCCUACCUGAAAGCACGAUUCCCCUCUCCGGUCCCCGACAAAUCGACGAAGAAUCUUUCAUCAGCGACGCCAGCUAUCCUCAUAGCAUGGGCACAAGCGACUGCUGCGAUGGCAUGGCCCUGCCGAUCGAAUCGCUAUUCCCUGUAG